AGAGUUAAUUGAGUCUGAGUCCCGUACUCGCCUCCCGUCUUUUUCGACUCGCUCUCAUUUUAUCCACAAUCUCCUCCACCAGAUUUUCUGGAGAGAGAAACUCAAACCAAUAGUCUAAAAUUAGAAGAAGAAAAAGAAAUGAAAAACAAGAAAAAUGUCUCUAUUCCUCAUUAUUAUCGCUGAGAUUCCACUCUAGUCUCUCAUCUUCAUCAUUCAUUUCAAUGGCGUUACUUCCUCAAAUCUUGAAUUCGCGAACAACAUCAUCAUUUGGUCUCACUUUACUAAACCCUAAUAAACCUAAUAGACAACAAUCAUCGUCUUCUUCAUCUCAAUCUCACCAAUCCCAAUCGACAAACCUAAUAUCUCCUCUGCAUCGCCGCCGUCGAAACUCGAAUCUCCUUCGAUGUUCAUCAUCAUCGUUUCCUGAAAAACAUCAUACAUCAGGACCGCCACCGCAAUCAGACGACACGACUGAGCUUCCGCUAUUCCCACUCCCGUUAGUUCUAUUCCCAGGUGCGAUUCUUCCAUUACAAAUCUUUGAGUUUCGUUACCGUAUGAUGAUGCACACGCUGCUCCAAACCGAUCUCCGUUUCGGUGUUAUUUACUCUGAUUCAACUACUGGUACUGCUGAUGUUGGUUGUGUUGGUGAAGUAAUUAAACACGAACGUCUUGUCGAUGAUCGAUUCUUUUUGAUUUGUAAAGGUCAGGAACGGUUUCGUGUUACGAAUAUUGUUCGGACGAAACCUUAUUUAGUUGCUAAUGUUACUUGGUUGGAAGAUAAACCUUCUAGUGAUGAAGAGGAAGAUUUAGAAUCAUUGGCGGUUGAAGUUGAAACGUAUAUGAAAGAUGUAAUUAGGUUAUCGAAUCGAUUGAAUGGUAAACCGGAGAAGGAAGCUCAGGAUUUGAGGAGGAAUUUGUUUCCAACUCCGUUUUCGUUCUUUGUUGGUAGUACAUUUGAAGGUGCACCAAGAGAACAACAAGCUUUGUUGGAAUUAGAAGAAACUGGGAGUAGAUUGAAAAGAGAGAAAGAGACUUUGAGGAAUACACUUAAUUACUUGACUGCUGCUUCUGCUGUUAAAGAUGUGUUUCCAUCUUCUUGAUUGAUAUUCAUAAAGAGGAUUUAAGGAAAAUUGAGACUUGGGAAAGAGAUGAGGAAAGAAAUGUAAUGAAGCUUAUUGGAGCUGAACACUGUUAAAAAAUGUAAGGAAAUCUUUUACAGGUAUUUUUUUCUGUGGUGUUCUUAAAUGUGUAAUGUUUUGCAUCAUUUGCAUAUAUAAACAAACUCUUUUAACAUCUCAAAACUCAAAUUGAUUCUCUAUAUAAUCACCA